AGGAGGCCUCCGGCUCAGGCCCGCCUCCUGCGCCGCCGCCGCGCGCGGCCCCCGCGCGCCGAUCGGCCCCGCCCGCUCGGGGGGGGAGGCCGCGAUGGGCUGCGCGGGGUCGGCGAGCGGCGCGGGCAAGGAGGCGCUGGCGAAGGUCGAGAAUGAGCUGGACGCGCUCGGCGAGGCCCGCGCCGACGUGCCGACGCUGGAGAGGAUGUCCAAGGAACUGAAAGGUGCCUUCAGCGAGGUAGUGACCGCAGGUGCAAGGGACGUGGGGUCCCUGCGCAGGAUAGAGGUCCUCAGCGAGAAGAUCCUGACCCGGCUAAAGAAGGAGAUCGGUGGCCACACGGACAGCGCCGAGAAGAGGGCAGAGCUGCUAAAGGUAGCGAAGAUCCUUGACUCGAUGCGCGCCACCAGGGCGUCGACUUCCAUCGAGGAUGCCUACUCCGAGCGGAAGAAGGAGAGCGUCGCAAAGGACGAGGACGCGGCCAGGGAACCCUACCAGAAGCUGAAGGAGGCCUACGCGAAGAUCAACGGCCCCACCGCGGUGGUGCCCAACCUCGCCGAGGUGCUGGACGCCGUCGAGCAGGUGCACCUGACGGCGCCCGAGAGCGCGAAGGUCACUGAGAGCCUGAUCAAAACAGUGACGCAGCUGACCGAGAAGGUGCUUAAGUGCCAGCCGCAGUCGUGGGGCAAGUCCGCGGCAGAGGCGGUGCAGGUGCUGGCGCAGUCCAAGAGGCUCGACGAGCUUGCGACCAAGAUGGUGGUCAUCCUGAGUUCCAGCUGGGAGCCCCCGCUGCACCCGGAGGUGGCGCACCGGACGAGCGUCGCCGCCCAGAGGCAGUGCGCCGAGCAGCUCGACGCUGUGGAGCAGAACCUCGAGAGAAAGAGCCCCGGGGGCGCCUACCCGCACAUGGAGCAGGUCCAGGCCUGGUUCGACCUGUUGCCGGAGGACCACUCCAUGAUGGACCGGGUAGUGGGCGUCUUCGGCUCCGUCGACCUCGGGACCGUCCAGCGCUUCAAGGAGGCCAUCAAGAAGGACGACCGCGCGCGGGCCACGGAACUGCGCGGCCUGGCGAAGCAGUUCGAUGCCCUCCGGGGGCAGUUCAAGG